AUGCUUGAAAAGGCAGGUGAAGGAACAUUUGGUUCAGUAUUCAAAGCGAUAGAUUAGCGCACAGACUCUAUAGUCGCCUUUAAGAAGAUAAAGAUAAGGAAGGCCGAUGAAGGACUACCAAGAGAAUUCCUCAGAGAGAUUGAAUCACUUAAAUAAAUAAAGCAUGAAAAUGUAAUCACAAUCAAAGAAGUGUAUGUUGGCAAGACUAGCAUUAAUAUAGUUUACCCUUAUAUGAAAUAUGAUUUAAGUAAGAUCAUUAAUGAUAUUGAGAGGCCUUUUACAGCAAAUGAAAUUUUGGAUAAGUAAGAGUUAAUGAUCAUGACUAAUCACUGGGAUUGGUAUACACAUUAGAUAUUGGAACGAAGUAAAUUUGAUAACAAAUUCAUUAAUACUAGAUGGUACAAAGCACCUGAAAUAUUGUUUGGGAAUAAAUACUAUGAUUGCAAAGUAGAUACUUGGUCAGCUGGUUGUAUUCUUGCAGAACUGAUAGACGGAGCUCCACUAUUUCCUGGGCUCUCAGAUAUAGAUUAGAUUUCUAAAAUUGGUUCUAUAGUUGGAUCACCAAAUCCUUAUCUAAAAGUAACUUUGGUUCUGUUAAUUUAUUAGGCACAAAAAACUGAUAAAGAAAAUCACAGAUUGAAGUUUCCAGAUUGGGAAAGACAAGAUUUCUAAAAGAUAUUUAAAAAUAGGGUAUUAGAUUAAAGCAUGAUAGAUCUCUGUGAAAAGUUUCUUGUUUAUGAAACUCAGUUAAGAUUAACUGCUGACGAAGCCUUAAAUCAUGAUUUUUUUAAUGAGGUAUAAAAUGAACAAUAGACUAUUUAGGAACUAAUAAAAGAGAUAUAUGAUUAAAAUUGA